UCAGCUGUGUUUGUUUACAUCAAAAUUAAUUUUAAAGCGCUUCCAUUAAUAGCAAAUUACAAAUAUAUAAACAAAUAUCAAUAGUUAUAGCUGAGAAAUGUUUUAUUUAUUUAGAAUUAAUACAUUAAACGAAUAAAAGGCAAUUUUUAUGUCAUUUGCUUUUAAAACUUGCGAAAAUACGCAGUAUGCGAACAAACACAAUCAACAGCCGCUAUGUACAACAGCCGGUGAUAACAAAAAAACAAAACAAAAAAUGUUUAAUUCAACUUAUACACAGGUGGAGAAAAAAAAUAAUGAUUUUAUUACUCAUGGAGUUCCUGAAAUUGCGAUAUGUAUUAUGCAUUGUGAUGAAAUACCAUGAAUGAAAUUAGUGUAUGUACGAGUGCUUGGCUACAUAGUGCACAUUGUUGUAGUUACUAUCUUGAUUAGUACCAUUUUCAAAUACAACGAUAAUGCUUCAAUAUUUGAAAAAUAUAUUUACACCCACAUCCCGUACAAGUGAGAAAAAUAGUGAAAUGGAGCAAGUAUGGCCAAAAUUAGAUGCGAGUUUGUUAUUUACAAACUUCGGUAAGGAAUUACUGCGGAAAUGCGCUGAUGUGCCGAAACCUGAUGGAACAGCAAUAAGUAUUGAGGAUUUUAUGAAAACAUCGGCAAAGUUUCCAAUAAAGUUCGGCACGGAUACGUGUCGUGUAAUGAGUCAACCUGCAGAACGUUAUGCAGAAAUCACUAAGCAGAUUGCAACUGUAUAUCCCGUAAUACAUGAGCGUGUUUUGAGCUUGUAUCUAGGUUUUUUGGAGCACAAAACUAAAUACGGCACAACUAUUGAGCGCGCACUGUAUGAUGGCAUGACGUUAACCGCUUUGGUCCAGCGUUUGCUAGCAAAACGUUGUGUGGCGUUUGUAGGACCACUGGAUAAUUGUUUGUUGGUCAGCGGUGAAACGGGUUUGUGUAAAUUUUAUGAUGUGGGCACGCACAAAGAGAAGGCACCAUUCCUGUUGAAGGAUGUGCUAAGCUAUGAUGAAAUGAAGCUCUCAGCUUUUCUAUCUGUUUCCUCCUACACGGAAUUUUUAAACGAUGGCAAACGUAGAAACGCUGGCGUAAUCGAAGUGGAUAAAUCGAAGAUUGAACGCGUGGGUGUUAUUGUUGGCAUUAUUGGUGCACGCUUUCAAGCACGCGAACGCAUGGAUUGGCAGGACAUCAUAGUCAGCAAAGAGCAAAAUACCAAAACACAUGGCUACGGUUAUACAACACAAGAGGCGGAGAGUACAACGAAUGCUGCUGUUAAUUAUCGCCAUUUGUGGAACAGCUUCUAUGAGCAACAAGAUUUGAUAUAUGAUAAUGUAAGCGUUCGAGAUUCAACACGUUUCUACAAAAUUCCAAACACAAUGUAUAUUUUCGAUAACCUCAUGAAGAAACGCAACGCUAUAACAUUCGAUACACUCCUGCUCGAGGCUAAUGCACGUGGCGCUGCAGCAGGCAAACAGGUGUAUCUACAUGUUGUUGGUAUUGGUUUGGGCGCUUGGCGCGCUGUACAGCAUCAAGAUGAAAUCUUUCUGCAGACCUUUGGCGAACGUUUACAAGAACUACUAACGCGCUUGCAACAUAUUGGUGUGGUGCAUUUUUCUUAUUUCAACGUGACGUCAUAUGCAAACCUUGUAGAUGGCGGUGUAUUAGACACGCAGUCGCAUCCCAAUGGUGGCAUCAAAAUAUUCCUCAGCAAUAGAAACCCAGCGCAGAAAUUGGCACCGGAAUUUGAAAAUAUGCUUGUAGUGGAAUCGUAUGCAUGGGAUGGCAAUGCAUUGCCCGGUAACGAAUUUUGGUUUGGUACCUUAGCUACUUCCGGUGACCCUGCGGCCGCCUGUAGCACACUCAUCACGGAACUACACAAUCCACACAUCAAUACAAAAAUGGUGAAUGGUGAGAAUUUACAUGUAGCCACGGAACGUUUCGGUGUUUUACAUAUUGCGGAUUAUGCGAAGAAAGUGCUGUUCUCUUCAUCUGCUAUAUAGUGCAAAUUUUAUGAAAAUAUUCAAAUUCUUAAAGUAUUAACUGCUGAUUAUUUUUAUUUUGACUUUUACAUGUAUUAUAAAAAUAAAUAUAUAAUUUUUUCUGGUUAUCAAUAUUUACAUAUAAUUAUUGACUGUCAAAUGCAAUAAAGUGUAUUUUAUUAAAAUUUUCAUAUGGUAAAGUAAAUAAAUAAAACAAUCUUCGAAUUUUA